UCCCUUAGCUUUUUGAAGGGAAUAAAAAAAAAACUCUGAAUACAAAACAUAACUAACUAGGAAACCAUCAUCAAUACAGAGAGAAGGAAAAAGUGAUUAUGAGAUGCAACGAUUCAGCAACACAGUGAUUGGGUUCUUGAACUUCUUCACACUCUUAUCAUCAAUACCCAUAAUCGGUGCAGGUCUAUGGAUGGCAAGGAGCACAACAACGUGUGAGAAUUUCCUGCAGACCCCACUUCUGGUUAUAGGCUUUGUUGUGCUUGUGAUUUCACUUGCAGGGUUCAUAGGUUCGUGUUUUCAUGUGGCUUGGGCACUAUGGAUUUACUUGGCGAUCAUGUUGCUCCUAAUGGCCGCACUCUUUGGUUUGACCAUAUUUGGGUUCGUUGUGACUGGCGAGGGUGGUGGAGUUCAAGUUCCUGGAAGGGUGUAUAAGGAGUACCAUCUUGGGGGUUAUUCACCAUGGUUAAGGAGUAGGGUUAAGGAUCCCCAAUAUUGGAGCACUAUUAGAGGGUGUAUUUUGGGGUCUAAUACUUGUGCCAAGAUUGCUUCUUGGACCUCUUUUGAUUAUAUAAAGAGGGAUAUGACUCCCAUACAGUCUGGAUGCUGUAAUCCACCAACAUCAUGCAAUACCAAUUACUACAACCCGGACACAAUAGUGGUUGCUCAACAAUCUGAUUGCUAUCGUUGGAACAGCGCCCCAACAAUGCUAUGCUACGAAUGCGAUUCGUGCAAGGCUGGGGUGCUUGAAAACAUCAGAAGAGAUUGGCACAAGAUAUCAGUUCUGAACGUUGUGGUGCUUGUGUUCCUCAUUUGUAUUUAUUCCAUUGGUUGCUGUGCUUUCCGAAACGCCAGAAGAGCUGAAAGUGAUUAUCCUCAUGGCCACAACCGCAUGACCAAAGUUAGACCCAGAUGGGAUUACUAUUGUUGGAGAUGGUGGUAUGACAAGAAGGAGCAGCUUUUCUAAAUGAUAAUAUCUAAUUAGCUAGCGUCCAAGGGGGGCUGGAUUAGGCUGCGCUUUCUUGUAAUAAUGUCUAUGAUGCUGU